AUGAGCCCUGAAGUCCCCCAAUCUACCGGCUCCAGCCCGGACACCCCCCUCAUCAAGACAGAAGUCUUGAUCGUUGGGUCGGGCCCCAUUGGUGCUGUUUUUGCUCGCACCCUUGUCGACAAAAAAAAGAAGGUCCUGAUGAUUGACAUCGGAGAGCAGGAGACGAGACGCGUGGGUGACCACAAGAAGAACAGUAUGGCUGUCCAGAAGGACAUCAGUCUGUUUACCAAUACUGUCAAGGGAGAAUUGAACCUGCUCUCCGUCCCGACCAACACUACCGAUGUUGUCCUGGAGCCAUCAUCGUGGGCCCCCAAGGCGGACCAGCUCGCGUUCAUCAAGAAUGGUCAAAACCCAGAGCAAAAGCCCUUUGAAAACCUACCGGCGGCGGCUGCAUCCCGCGUUGUCGGUGGCAUGGGCUCCCACUGGACCUGCUGUACUCCACGUGAAAAUCCCAUUGAGAGAUCAGAUCUCUUCAGUAACGAGGAGUGGGAUGGCCUGUACGACAGGGCAGAGAAGUUGUUUGAUACAACCGAGACCGCCUUCGACAGGUCCAUUCGUCAGCAACUUGUCAAGAAGACCCUCGAGAAGUCUUUUGAGGGCCGUGAGAUGAGAAGCAUGCCUCUGGCUUGCAAGAGAAGCGAGAAGAACCAGAACUACGUCGAGUGGUCCGCGACCGCCACCAUUCUGGGAGACCUUUCGGACCCCAAGAACCAGAACCCCCUGUUCGAAAUCAAGCCCAACACCCAGUGCCUUGGGCUUGCUCUUGGACCAACCAAACAGGUCGAGAUGGCCGUCGUCAGGGACAUCUUGACAGACAAACAGUACUACAUCAAGGCCAAGAAGUACAUCAUCUGUGCCGGUGCCGUGCUUACCCCCGGGAUCCUGUUCAACUCUUCUGAAUUUGGAAACUAUGAUCUGGCGGACUCGCUCCCAGCACUAGGCCGCUACAUGACUGAGCAGCCCAUGGCAUUCUGUCAAGUUGUUCUCAACAGAAACCUUGUGGACAGCGUCGAGAAGGAUCCCUACCAUCUUGGCUGGGACAAGUAUGUCAAGAUUCACCGAAAGAGACAUCCCAACGACCCACUUCCCUUCCCAUUCAACGACCCUGAUCCUCAGUGCUAUUUCCCUUUGUCUGAAAAGUAUCCCUGGCACACCCAGAUUCACCGCGACGCCUUUGGUUAUGGCCAAGUUCCCCCUACUGUUGACCAGCGUCUCAUCGUCGAUUUGCGCUGGUUCACCUACAUGGAACCAAAGGAGAGCAACUAUGUCGAGUUCUCCAAGACUUACCAAGAUCAGUUUAGAAUGCCACAGCCUACCUUUCACUUCUCCCUGGAUCAAGCCGCCCUGGACCGUUGCCAGGGUAUGAUCACUGAUAUGGUUGAUGUGGCAAGGAAGCUCGGAGGCUUCCUCCCCGGGGCUGAGCCGAAGUAUCUCGCUCCGGGUUCCGCUCUCCACAUUUGCGGCACCUAUCGCGCUGGCGAGAGCGACGAGGACAGUGUAGUUGACCGGUUUGGAAAGGUCUGGCACCAGGAUAACCUCGUCCUUGGUGGCUGCGGUGUUAUCCCCACCGCGAAUGCCUGCAACCCGACCCUCACGGCUGCUUGUUUCGCUCUAGCCGCUGCGGACAAGAUCGUGGAAGAACUUGGGGCUGCACAGUAA